UAAUAGCGAAUAACACGCAAUAGCGGGAGUGGUGCGCGUAUACAAACUUGAGCAAUCAUAGAUACGCGUGUGGCAGCUAAUGCAUAUGUACACACACAAGUGAUCGUCGACGUGAUCGCGCUAAACCGAGGAGAGACGUCAGAAGCGGCGCGAUCAUCGCACGGAUCUAAGGUCUCUUUGAUCAGUGUCCAAAAUUGUUGAACCCCUGCGAGAUACACGAUCAGAUUACGUGUACUUUGAGAGUAUAUAUAUUUAUUUUGUAAAUUUAAAAAAAUGGUCACGUCGUGUUGUUUAUGUUCAAAAGAGUGCAUUCCCUUUAAUCCACAACGAUCAUUUCACAGAAUACCAACGGAUGAACAAAUGAGGAAAAAAUGGUUUAGUAUAAUUGGUCGUACCGUUUCUUACAAGGGAGCCAGAGUGUGUAGUGACCAUUUCACAGAGAAUGAUUUCCAUGAAAUGAGCCUAUACUCAAGAAUUAGAAGAUUAAAGAAUACUGCAAUUCCUUCUGUUUUUAUCAAACAAAACAGAAAAAAUAAGAAAAGACAUUCGUCUACAUUUCAAGAGAUUAAUGCAAAUACUCCUGAAUUUCAAAAUGAUUCUGAAAUUGAAUCUCAAAAUGAAAAGAAUAUAAUUUAUUGUAGUACAAGAAAUUGCGAAGAAAAUAAUACAAACAAUGAUGUUGAAAGUAAAAAAAGUGAAAAUAUAGAACAAAAAUCAGCACCCGUUUUAGAUGCAACUGAAAAUUUAGUUAAUGUAUCUUUAGAUUUAGAGAGAAAAAUAAAUGGUGUGUCUGUAGAUAAUCCAAAAAAUAUUGGUGAUAAUUUUGUGAACAAGAAUGGUACAACUGGAAAAAGGAAAUCGUCAUCUAAUUUAAGAAAUCCUAAAAUUAAGAAGAUUUUUGUACACAUGUCCAAAUAUAAUAUAGAAUGCUUUAGGAAAAUAGAUUUUUCUUCGGACAAAAAGUGGUCAGCAUUUUUAAGAUAUGUUGCUUAUAAUAGACAUCAAAAUAAAAUUUUAGCACAAAAAAACAGACGUUUGGAAAAGAAAAUGUAUAUACUUCAGGAUAUGUUGGAGGAAUUAAUGUAA